ACAGCAGUCCUUUCUUUUGAAUCAGGGCCAGCAAUGGUGUCACCCAGACGCUGUUGACUAAUGUACAACAGAUUUACUUAACCACUGGCAAACCACAUUUCCUUUUCCAGAGCAAUAACUUAAAAGAUUAUUUAUCUCCCUUUGUUGCAAAGAGAGGAAAUACUUCUUCCUGGACUCAGGGCAGCUGUGACGCGUCCUCCCAGAGAAAUCACUAAACUACAAGGAUUCAGACAGAGCCCAGAGCCCUGAAAACUUUGGCCACGCGCUUCCUUCCCCUCAGCAGCCACAGGCACCAGCAACUCCAGGGAGCCAGAUACCAGUGGAAGGAGGAACAAAGCCGUUCAGAACACCAUUCUCCAUUUAGUUCUGGUGGGACAAUAGCUUCUCUCAUCCCAGAAAAUUAACUGAAUCCAGCUGCCAGAGGCUGGAUAAGAGUUGGCAAUUUGGUCUGGCAAUUUGGUUCUUAUAAAGUCAUCUUGCAGGGACUUAAACAACAGAGUCAGAACCAGCCCGAGGAACAGAACAGACCCUGUCAAGUGUGGACCUCUGACAUAGUACUAAAUUAUAGACUUGAGACAAAGUUUGGGAUGAAGUUGCCACUAGUUUCAGUUUAUGGAAUAGAAAAAAAAAUGGAAGAGUAUGAGAUAAAGACCUAGACUAAAUCCUUUUAGCAAAGAUUUCUUCAUUCUCCACUUACCAAGGUCAUGGGAGAUAUAGAGGAAACAUUAUUUGAAGAAUUUGAGAACUAUUCCUAUGAACUAGACUAUUACUCUCUGGAGUCUGAUUUGGAGGAGAAAGUCGAGCUAGGAGUUGUUCACUGGGUCUCUCUGGUGCUAUAUUGUUUAGCUUUUGUACUGGGAAUUCCAGGAAAUGCCAUUGUCAUUUGGUUCACGGGGUUCAAGUGGAAGAAGUCAGUCACUACUCUGUGGUUCCUCAAUCUAGCCGUUGCGGAUUUCAUUUUUGUUCUCUUCCUGCCCCUGUACAUUUCCUAUGUGGCCAUGAAUUUCCACUGGCCCUUUGGCAUCUGGCUGUGCAAAGCCAAUUCCUUCAUUGCCCAGUUGAACAUGUUUGCCAGUGUUUUCUUCCUCACGGUGAUCAGCCUGGACCACUAUAUCCACUUGAUCCAUCCUGUCUUGUGUCAUCGGCAUCGAACCCUCAACAACUCUCUGAUUGUCAUUAUAUUCAUCUGGCUUUUGGCUUCUCUAAUUGGUGGUCCUGCCCUAUACUUCCGGGAAACUGUGGAGUUCCGUAACCAUACUCUUUGCUAUAACAAUUUUCAGAAGCAUGAUCCUGACCUCACUUUGAUAAGACACCACGUUCUGACCUGGGUGAAAUUUAUCUUUGGCUACCUCUUCCCUUUGCUAACAAUGAGUAUUUUCUACUUGUGUCUCAUCUUCAAAGUGAAGAAGCGAAGCAUCCUGAUCUCCAGUAAGCAUUUCUGGACAAUUCUGGCUGUGGUUGUGGCCUUUGUGGUUUGCUGGACUCCCUAUCACCUGUUUAGCAUUUGGGAGCUCACCAUUCACCACAAUAGCUAUUCCCACUAUGUGCUGCAGGCUGGAAUCCCCCUCUCCACUGGUUUGGCAUUCCUCAAUAGUUGCUUGAACCCCAUCCUUUACGUCCUAAUUAGUAAAAAGUUCCAAGCUCGCUUCCGGGCCUCGGUUGCUGAGAUACUCAAGUAUACCCUGUGGGAAGUCAGCUGCUCUGGCACAGUGAGUGAACAGCUCAGGAACUCAGAAACGAAGAAUCUGUGUCUCCUGGAAACAGCCCAAUAAAUUACUACUUUUCCACAAAUCAGUAUAAAGCUUUCAUAUGGGUCCUCUGAUGAAGGCUUUCAGAUUAAAAUUGUUUCCAAGAUAGAGAGCUGACCCUACUUUUAUUGUUUUUAUUUUUGGUCACUAUAUAGACAUCACGUUUUUGGGUGGAUAUAAAACUUAGGAAGGAUCCUCUUGACUCCUUGUGAUGUGGCAAUAAAAAUUUUUUAAAAACUAAAAAUACACCGGGCGUGGUGGCUAAUGCUUGUAAUCCCCGCA